CGGCCUUCGCAAGGGGCCGAUAGAAUUUGGCUAAUUAAUGUCAAUUAGUCGGGACUCGUGGCUCGCGUUUACUAUUUUUAAACGGAUACUAUUAUCAAUUCACGUCGGUUAGUGGGGGGAGGAGACUAUAAGAGGAGUGACGACAAUUAAUAUCGGAACAGCUGCCGUUGCCGAAGAGUUGGUAAAAUCACAUCAUGACGCGAGCUAUUGUGAUAAUCGGUGUCCUCGUUUUUGUGGGAAUUGUUGGGGGGCAGAAUCCAAAAUUUUAUGCCCAAAAACCGGGCUCUUGCCCACCGGAACAGCCAGUUAAUAUUUGCGGUAGGUCUUGCUAUUCGGAUGCACACUGCGAGAAAGAGGGAAAAUGCUGUCCUACCACUUGUGGCGGAAGUAUCUGCACUGCUCCAGUUACUCAAGGACCUCCUCCAGUGGUGAAAUCAGGAUCGUGUCCUGCAAGUCCAACAGGUCGUUGGAUCUGCACACCCACCUGCACAACCGACAGUGACUGCCGAGGUACGAAAAAAUGCUGCAGAAACAGAUGUGGAGUCCUCGCUUGCCAAAAGCCGGACGUCCAGAGUGUGGUUCCUGUUGACAUCUCCAAUCAACCGGAGUCGGACGUCAACAGCCCCGACGACAAUUCCGUCAAUGUAAACCCCAACGACAAUUCCGCCAAUGUAAACCCCAACAACCCCUUUUUGUUCAGCAAUAACUGACUUCAUUUCCUCUCUGAUUGAGCUCUCUUAUCUCCCAUUUUGUCCUCCAAUUUUUAUUGGCUCUUCUUCUGGGGAAAAACAUUAAAUAAUAAACAAAUUUACAUAUGAAAAUAA